AAAUAUGAGACAAAACAACGGAGAAAACAAAAUUGGUGUUUUUGAAGGAAUUGCUUACUGUAUUGGGGAUAUUAUAGGCUCAGGUAUUUUUAUCUCUCCAACAUCAAUUCUAAGACAUACAGGCUCUGUGGGGCUUUCCCUUUGUGUAUGGGCUAUAGGUGCUUUAAUUGCUGCUUGUGGGGCACUUGUAUAUGUUGAAUUGGGAACGAGUAUAGGAAAGUCGGGUGGUGAUUUUGCCUAUCUUUCACAUGCAAAAUGGCAUCCUUUAGCAACAGCAUUUUUGUGGGUAUCCACAACUUUAACAUUCCCCGUUAUCAUGGCUAUACAAACACUAACAUUUGGAGAAUAUUUAGUCGACGGUUUUAAUUCUUUUAUUUCAAUAAAUUCUGAAUAUAUUGGAAUAUUAAAACGCUUAAUUGGAUUUAUGACUAUUUGGCUUGUUUGUUUCAUGAAUUUAUUUUCUUUGAAAAAAAUAGCUGGCCGAUUCCAAGUUGUAUUAACAAUAAUUAAACUAUUGGUAAUUGCUACAAUUAUUUUUAUUGGUUUAUAUCAACUUAUAUUUAAAAAUAAAACAGAAGAAACUUUUGUAAAUGCUUUUGAAGGAUCUAAAACUGAACCUGGAGAUUUUGUAUUGGCCUUAUAUGCAAGUUGGGAUAUUCUCAACUUUGCAACAGACGAAGUAGAAAAUCCUCGAAGAGUUCUUCCCCUAGCAGCUUUAUGUGGAAUUGGAAUAUCUGCAGUUGUUUAUCUUUUAAUUAAUAUUGCCUAUUUUUCUGUUUUGAGUAUUGAUGAAUUUUUAAAUACUGAAGCUGUUGCUUUUAAAUUCGCAGAAAAAACAAUGGGAGAUUUUUCUCGUAUUUUUCCCUUUUUAAUUGCUAUACUUUUACUUGGAAAUUUAAAUAGUUCAAUUUUUGCAUCAUCAAGGUGA